AUGGGUGGAGCCGCGCACGCAGGCCGCGGGCAGGAGGCGCAGGGAGAGCCGGGAGCUGCGCGCAGGCCGCGGCGCGCCGUGCUCGCGUGGCCGCCGCCCCAGCCCUCCCGCGCGCCGGGCCACCACGGCCGAGACAGCCUGUUCCUUCCCCGGAAAAUGGAGGCCGCAGAGGCACUGUCCCAACCCUCAAAGCGGGAGCCAGAGCCCUCUCCGAUAACCUGGGAGGACAGAUCAACAGACAUCGGUCCGUACGACUUGACCAUCCUUCAUUUCAACGAUGUUUACGACGUGUACCCGAAGCUUGAGGAGCCCCUAGGAGGCGCUGCUAGAUUUGCAGCAGCUGUGAAAAACUACAGUUUCCUGAAUCCACUUUUGAUUUUUAGUGAUGACUGCUUAAAUCCUUCAGUUUUAAGUACAAUAACAAAAGGAAAGCAUAUGAUUCCUAUAUUAAAUGAAUUGGGAGUACAUUUUGUAGUUUUUGGAAACCAUGAGUUUGCUUUUGGUGUGGAUAUUUUGGAGGAAUACACGAAACAAAUGCACUUUAUGUGGUUUCUCAGUAAUGUCUAUGACACAUUUACUUUUGAACCUCGUGCACAUGGUGCAGUAAAAAAAAUAGUUAAUUGGAACAAUGUAAAAAUUGGCUUAAUGGGAUUAGUUGAAGAAGAUUGGCUAGAUACUUUGGCUACAGUUAAUAAGUCAAAUGUAAACUAUAAAGAUUAUGUUGAAGUUGUUAAUGAAAUAGCAGGAGAACUUAAAAAAGAAGGAGUAGAUCUUGUUAUUGCAGUAACUCAUAUGAAAUGAAAUGAUACUAGGCUUGCCCAAGGAGCAGAAGGGAUCAAUUUGAUUCUUGGAGGCCAUGACCAUGAUUAUGGAGUUAGGAAGGUGAAUGAAACUUGGAUUGUCAAAAGUGGAUCUGAUCUUAAAAACUUGACAAAAAUAAAUUUAGUCUUUGGUGCAUCUCUCCAAUGUGUGUUUGAGUAAGUGGACAUUUUGAAUUAUUUGGAAGAAGAUUCAUAUAUUAAAGCAGUAGUAAAAGAUUUUACUCAAAACACACAGAUAUCAUUGACAAUGCUAAAAAGGCCUGCAGAUACCCCUGUGGGUAACAGUGAUAAGAAAAAGAGGAAGCAUUUAUGCUUAUCUGCAUCACAGAAAGUCAAGGUGUUAGAGAGACUGGAUAGCAGGAGUCUGUCAGUAAGCUGGAAGAAGUGGAUAUUGAAGUUUCUUCAUAUUGAUAGUGAGGUUCCAGUUCAUUCACUGACUGAUAGUGAAAUAGAUGAAAUGGUCACGAAUCAAGGUGAUUAUGAAUUAUCCAAGAAUAUAUUUUUAAAUUUCAGAUUUCCUCAAGUUGCUGGAAUAGAAUUUGGAUUUGAUCCAGAUGCAGAACCAGGACAACGAAUCAUAAGAGAUACUGUAAAAGUUCAAGGACAAUACUUAUGGAAAAAAAAUUACUUUCUUGCUAUUAAAGAGUACAUUGCAAAUGGGAAAGAUGGUUACAUUAUGCUUAGAAGUUGUCCUCGAAUGGUUGACACAGAAACUGCACAAGUACUUUCUACAGUACUCAUGAAUCACUUUGAAUCAAUAAAAAUUUUGCAUGGAAGGAAGAAGUGCCUUUCAGGCCAUCGGAUGAGUUUAAUUACUAUUACAAACAAAUCACCAUCACUAACAGCUUUUGAGGAAGAGUCAGUUAAACCAUCAGCAGUAAUUGCAGUACCUGGCAUAGAAGGUCGGAUUUGCCGUAUUUCUCAGGACAUGAAAGAACAUUUGCACCAACUUAGAACUGCAAGAAAACAAGGAUUAAGUUUUCCCACCAUUAGUGAUAAUGCAUCUGCACAUUCUGAUUCUGAUUGA